UCAUUUCUCUGAACCACCGGUCAUGACGUAGCCAGGAGACAACAUGUGUGACGGAGUCCUCAGCGAUGUCGAGGCCUGCAACGACUCUCUCAUGUGCACCUCGGUGUACGACAACCUCAGCUGUACUCUCGACUACAACCUCAGCCUCACACUCAACUGCGAUGUGUCUCCCUCUGGGGGAGUUCUCGACUCAGUCUACUUCCACACUCUCGUGUACGUCAUGUACUGCGCCAUCUUCCUCAUCGCCCUGCUGGGCAACGGGCUGGUCUGCUACGUCGUACAUUCCUCCCCCCGGAUGAGAACGGUCACCAACCUCUUCAUCGUCAACCUCGCUGUCGGUGAUAUUCUCAUGACUGUGUUCUGCGUCCCGUUCACCUUUGUCACCACUCUGCUGCUGCAGUAUUGGCCGUUUGGGAGAACGAUGUGCAGUACGGUCAGCUACUCCCAGGCGAUCUCUGUGUUUGUGAGCGCCUAUACGUUGGUGGCGAUCAGCAUAGACCGCUUCAUGGCUAUCAUGUGGCCACUCAAACCCCGCAUGGGCAAACGUCAAGCUAAAGUCAUUAUACUCAUAGUGUGGCUGGUGGCGCUACUGACGGCUCUGCCUAUACCACUGGUGUCACGGAUAGUCCAUCCUAGCCACUGGCACCAACUGUGUGAUAAAGGACUAUGUCAGGAGGAGUGGGGCAGUAUAGAGCACCGCACGCUCUACAGCAUGACUCUACUGGUUCUACAGUAUGUCAUCCCGCUGCUGGUUCUAGUCCUGACAUACUCCAGUAUAGCAGUAGUAGUGUGGGGCAAGCGGCCGCCGGGAGAGGCCGAGAACUGCAGGGACCAGAGGAUGGCGAGGUCCAAACGAAAGAUGAUAAAAAUGAUGGUGACUGUAGUGGUUGUGUUCACUAUCUGUUGGCUCCCCUUAAAUGUCUUGAAUUUAGUCUGGGAGAGCAACCCAGAUGUUAUUGGUUCGUGGAGUGGUCUACCUUUCCUAUGGUUCGCCUUCCAUUGGUUGGCCAUGUCUCAUUCAUGCUACAACCCAGUUAUAUACUGCUGGAUGAACUCGAGGUUUAGAGCCGGCUUCUCAACCGUGCUCCACAUCUUCCCCAACCGUUACCGUAGCAACCACGACCACUCGGUGCUGCAUCGGUUCAACACCUCGACAACGUUCCUAAGUUCCAGGAGAGAAGCUAACAACUCUCUCAAGGCCCUCCCCCACUCCCACCCCCACAACUACAAGUGCAAGAGCACUGUGCACUACCGCGACGACCAGAUGUAGUCUCUCUGUAAAGUGUAAAUAAA